UUAGCUCCUCUGUUAGCUUCCUCUGCGGCUAACUAAGGAGCUGCACAUCCACAGAGACCCUGAAUGCUAACUGACUAGCUCUCCAUGCUAGCUGUCAGUGACGUCAGCCUCCUGCAGUAACGCGGAAGUACCUUUAACAGCCACGUGGCGGCCUCCAUGAAGCACGAGCGUUGGUGGUAUAGUGCGCCUGAAUGAGUCGGCCGUGAGCUGAGUGUGUGUGUGUGUGUGUGUGUGUGUGUGUGUGUGUGUGUGUGUGAGUGUGAGUGUGUGUGUGUGUGUGUGUGUGUGUGGACAUGGGGAGACAUUUCCACAGUGAGGUGGACAUUAAGAGUCCAUGGCAUCAGGUGCUGGUGGCCUUCUGGCAGCGUUACCCGAACCCAUACAGCGCCCACGUCCUCACCGAGGACGUCCUGUACCGGGAGGUCACCCCUAGCAACCGCCUGUUGUCACGGCGACUGCUGACCAAGACCAACCGGCUGCCGGGCUGGGCGGAGCGCGUCUUCCCGGCCCACAUGUCCCGGGCCGUCUACGUCCUGGAGGACUCCAUCGUGGACCCGCACACACACACGCUGGUCACCAAGACCUGGAACGUCAACCACAACACCCUGAUGACCGUCGUGGAGCGAUGCUUCUUCGAGGAGGACAGCAGUCGGCCAUCUUGGACCAAACUGAGGAGGGAGGCCUGGAUCCUGUCGGCGGUCCGCGGCCUGGCCCGGCCCAUACAGGAGUUCGGACUCGCCAGGUUUAAAAGUAACCAAACCAGAGCCAUGAAGGGACUGGAGUACUCCCUGAGCAGGAUACAGACUGAGGCCCCCCUCCUCCCCCACCACAGGCCACGCCCACCUCUACCCAGAAGCCCCAGCAGUUUGUCUGAACUUCCUACGUACUGA